UCUGUGUCUCUCUCUCUCUCUCUCUGUCAGCCCCGCCCCGCCCCGCUCGGCUCAGUCCACUGCGUUCAUUUCAUUCCUGCUCUUCAUUCCACGCAUACUUCGCAUCCUUGGAGAGACUGCGGCGCAUUUAACGCACUGAGCGCGUGACGAGGAGGGAAAAAAAAGAAAAUACUCCAAACACGACAGGCGCGUGCUGGAGUUUGCGGCGGCGGCUUCGCAGGAAAAAAAACACGUGGAUUCGUGGGAGGAAAAGUGUGGGAAUUAAUCCAUUUAAUAAAGAGGCGCACGAAGCAGCGAGGGUUCCCUGCUGCGUGGCGCUGGAUGUCCGAACACCUUCCGGACUUUUCUGCAGUCAGACAACAAAUUUGCUGUGUCAUCAUUGUAGCUAGCAUUUUAAGUCACUGCUGUUGAAGCACCAGUUAGCAUUAGCAUUAUACUUAUAUUAGCCAACAUCUGGGUGCUCCCACUGGAAGAUUAUUAUUAUUAUUUUUACUGGUAACAACUUUAAUUGAGUAGCUUUUUUUAGCAUUUGUGCUCCAUACACGAGUUGGCUAGUUAGCGUUAGCUGCCAGGAUGGAUCGCAGCAGCUGGAGCGGCAGCGAGAGUGCCGGGGAGGACAUGGACAGAAUGAGUGACUCGGGAGGCGACAAAACCAUGGACGGGGACCCCGAGGGCGUCUGGAGCCCCGACAUCGAGCAGAGCUUCCAGGAGGCCCUGGCCAUUUACCCGCCGUGUGGACGGAGGAAGAUUAUACUGUCGGACGAGGGGAAGAUGUACGGUCGAAAUGAGCUGAUAGCCAGAUACAUCAAGCUCCGAACAGGAAAGACGCGUACGAGGAAACAGGUCUCCAGUCAUAUCCAGGUCUUAGCCAGAAGAAAAUCCAGGGAGUUUCAGUCUAAACUAAAGGACCAGAGCGCCAAGGAGAAAGCCCUGCAGAGCAUCUCCUCCAUGUCCUCGGCUCAGAUCGUCUCAGCCACGGCAAUCCACAGCAAACUGCUGCCGGGAAUAGUACGAGCCAGCUUCCCUGGUAACGCACAGCUGUGGCAGGGGAUGAUUCCUGGGGGACAGUCCAGCUCCACCACAGAAGAUAUCAAGCCGUUCUCUCAGCAAGGCUACAAUGUGCAGACAGCAGGGACCACCACAAUCUUAGGCUACGAGCCUCCGACUACAGCCCAAACACACCGAGAGCCGGCGUGGCAGGGUCGCUCUAUCGGCACCACCAAACUACGACUGGUGGAGUUUUCGUCUUUCCUGGAGACACAGAGGGACCAAGAGGCAUACAACAAGCACCAGUUCGUCCACAUCAAUCAGAGCAGUCCGAGCUACAGUGACCCUCUGCUGGAGUGUGUGGACAUCAGGCAGAUCUACGACAAGUUCCCCGAGAAGAAGGGCGGCCUGAAGGAGCUGUUCAGUAAAGGCCCGCAGAACUCGUUCUACCUGAUCAAGUUCUGGGCGGACCUGAACUACAACAUGCAGGAUGACCCUGCGGCCUUCUAUGGCGUGAGCAGUCAGUACGAGAGCUCGGAGAACAUGACCAUCACCUGCUCCACCAAGGUCUGCUCCUUCGGCAAGCAGGUGGUCGAGAAGGUGGAGACGGAGUACGCAAGGUUUGAAAACGGGCGUUUCGUUUACAGAAUCAGCCGCUCGCCGAUGUGUGAAUACAUGAUCAACUUCAUCCACAAGCUCAAGCACCUGCCGGAGAAAUACAUGAUGAACAGUGUGCUGGAGAACUUCACUAUUCUGCUGGUGGUGAGCAACAGAGACACUCAGGAGACCUUGCUGUGUAUGGCAUGUGUGUUUGAGGUUUCCAACAACGAGCACGGAGCACAGCACCACAUCUAUCGACUUGUCAAGGAUUAACACACACACACAUACUAUAUAAAUAUAUAUAUAUAUAUACAGCAUACACACACACACAAACGGCCUUUUUUUUGGAGCUAAAACGUAAAAACAAUUCUGCGAAACAAUCUCAUGGAGAAAAAAAAAUGGCCACAAAUUUAAAAGAAAAGCAAUUGGAAAAUUCUCCCAGACAAGAACAUUUUAACACAAAAACACAAAACUUCUUAGACGAGAAAAGCACAGUGGCAGUGCAGCCAUGGAAACACAUGAAUAUCAACCUGUGGGAUUUCUUUUCCCCCUCCAAGAACAUUGUGACUCAGAUAUCACCAGGCGAUGUCACGUCUCCUGCUAAUUGGUUCCUUGCAGCAAAUCUGUGUUAUUGAAAUGAAAAGUAAAAUUCUGUUGCGUGUGUGUGUUUGGAGAAACAAGAAAAUAUGUGUGUGUGUGUGUGUAUGCGUGUGUGUGUGUGUGUGUUAUCAGACACAAAAUUAGCAGACACUGAAGGUCAGACCCUGUGUAUUGUCAAUAACACUAAAAGGAAGUAACACUACUGUAUUAACAUAUAGUAUCGUUCUGCGGUGGAUGUGUAACCACUGCAAAUUGUGCAAGCUGUAUUCUCGCACUGAAAAAAAAUAAGAUGAAUAAGAGUAAAAAGGUUUGUCCCAAAGAAGAAAAGAUCAAUUUUUUUUAACCCUUUUUGUAUGAUUUCUUAAAAAAAAUAUGAAAGAUUAGCUUCUAAACUUUGGGAAAUUGUUUAUUGAUAGUAGCAUAUAGACUAUAUUUUAAUUCCAGGAACACUAUCUAAAAUGUAUGUCAAUAAUAGAAAAAAAAGAAAAUUAUAAGUAAAAUUGAACAAUUCAGGUACCUUUCUGUGCAACAACAGGUGACUCUUCAUAUAGAUAUGAAUAAAUAUCAACAACCUUGUUUAAGUUAUAAUCCUUCAGAAUUCAGCCCUGCUUAAAUAUUCCCAGUGUUUCCUCUGACCCUUUCACAGUAAAAGCCUCAUCAUUUUUAAAUGUUCUCCUUUUAACCUUGGAGUACCUCUAUGGACGAGACCAUUAACUGACGUGUGACAGUGAAGCUCAUGUUCCCAUAGACUUUCUUUCAAACUGGCAUUUGUUUUGCCACCAGUAGGUUUGCCCCCUGGUGGCUAUUUGACAUAUUCUUACUCCCAGCUGACCCUCAACUGACAGAGUGGAAGAUUGCGUCCACUUUUUAUGUACAGUCAACAUUUUUUAACUGUUCUGAGUAAUGUGCAGAAAAUUCUAGAGAAUUUGCUCCGGACAUUCUCUGGAGUUUAUCUGCGUUUAGCUGUUUCAGACAUUUUCCUGGAGAAUAUCCAGACUUCAGUACGUUCCUGAAAGCAGCAACCCUCGUAUCUGAGUAUAAUUAUACAAUAACAUUACAUAAAAAUGUACAUGUUUUGUUUUCCUGUCCAAGCCAGAGACUUGUUUCUGAGGAUUAUAACUUCAAACACAUCCAUUUGAAAACACUGUGACUCUCAUGAACCAUACAACGGUUCAUGGUGUUGAGACGUAAAUAAAAUAAAAUAAAAACUUAGCUUAGUUCAGAAUUCUUCUACCAGCUAACUCGAGCUUUAACUAGCUUGAAAUGUCAACAUGUCCACGUUCAAACUGAAGGUUGCCCCAACAGAGGACUUUUAAUAGGGUUGGAGACACAUUCCACUUUAAUCAGCAGCAGCAGACUGGUUUUCUACCAGUUAGUCAAAAAUAACGUUGGUGUCGUUUAUGUCAAGUUUAUGAAACACAAACCAAAAACUGUUGAAGUGUACAUACUGUAGCAGGUGUCAUGCUCAGCAGCAUGAAGUGCCUUUGGUUGGAAACAGACCUUGUUGCUGUUGUUGAAUUUUAGUGAACAUACAAAACACGCGAUUAGGUAUCACAGUCAGAAGAACUCGACGAGACUGCUUUUUGUAAGAUUUGACUUUAUGUUUCUGUAUGUGACAGAUUCAUGUUGAAAUGGCUCAUUAUGUGACGGUGCCUCAUUCAUCAGAUGCAACUCUCGUGGCUUGUUUCUCCAACAGAAGGACAAAUCGGAUUUAAAAAUCAACAAACAUGCGAUUAAAGAUUUGUUUUUUAAACUCGGGAACAGGUUGACAAUUUGGAAAAAGCACUUCAUUUUGCUUUCUUACAGAGAGUUGUAUGAAAAGUCCAACACCACUAGGAGAUGAUGGGAUUAGCUUAGUUUAGCGUACUUAGCCAUAAUGAGUGGAAACAGCUAAACAUAGCUAGCAUGGCUUUGUCUGAAGUUGGCAAAAAAUUAAACAGCAUCGGUUGUUGUUUAAUCCACUGAUUCCAAAAACUGGGUCUUGUUUUUUGGGUGCCCAAACAAAUUGGCAGGAUUUUCCCAACCUUUUAGUUAAUAUUUAUUUGUAUAGUGUAUUAAUUUACCAAACGUAUCUUGGAAAUAAUUAAUUCACAAAGUUGUGGCUCCUAAAUCAGGAUUUCCACAUAUAGAAAGUUUGGGAGAAACUGGUUUAAUCAAUCCAACUCUUCAACCCAGCAACCUGGAUUGUUCUUAAAAGUGAAGUUGUUGUUUUCUAGUUUGCUAACAUGGUGGUUCUCUUAUUAAAAGCAAAAUGUGAGAAAAGUGCAAUGGAAACAUUUCUGUUUAACAUCCCACCAGCAUUUCUGGAUGUAUCUGGAACAACAAGACCAUGAUGUUCAUCAAAAUCUCUUAAAAAGUACUUGCAUUUUGACGAAUGACACCCAUAAAAAUGAGUUCAUCAUCAGCAUAUUAAGAGAUAGUAGUGUGAUUCGGUGGUGUCCAAAACAUCCAGAGACAGGAAGUGUUGAGGGGCAACUGUUACUAUUUUAUCAGAGCCAUGUUUAGUCAGAGCUGGCCAACUGUAAAUAUUUGGCCUCCGCAAAUAAUGACUCAGAUCUGACUCAGAGGACUUUCUACCUUUGUGCCUAAAAGUUUCUAGAUUUGCCAUCGUCCAAACCCCAGCCAUGUUUUGAAUAUUUGUCCGAAAGACCUUGUGGGCGUCUCCAACGAAACGCUUCCUUCAGCUUUCCCACGGUUUAGUCUCACACCACAACAAUUUGUUGUUUGUACGCAGACCAGUCAGCCUUCACACCAGGGUGCGAACACGUAACGUGUACGUGAUGAUCUGAUUCUGCUAUAAUGACCCUCUGUCUGGAUCUUAUUUUACCACCUGCUUACCAAAGACAGUCACCAUGCAACACAAAAAAAACAGAGUGAAAGUGAUUUAAUACAAGAAACUUAGUAGCUUCUGCCAAAAAAAAGACUUAUCAACUUAGAAACAUCUGUAGCUCACACUACAGCUACACUGUAAAACCAGACUGGUCUCCCAGGAAAGCGUUACUAUUUUUACUUUUCUGCAAACCACGGUAGUUUGUUAUAUUAGUGCAGUAAAUAUGUCUGACAUUUGGACAGGUGUUUCAUUUGUUUUAUCAGCAUUUCUUGUGGCACAAUUGAGUGAAAAAGGACAAGCUAGUGUUUGCGAGUAACUAAAAAAAGUCUGUAGAUUUGGGUCAAGAAAUCCGAAGUUUGCCUUUCACAAUGGAAAAUUUGAGCGAGUGACUCGUGUGAACGCGAUUAAGAUAUUGUCAAUCAAAGUUGACGUCCAUUGUUCUUCUUGUGUGUCUCUCUUUGGAUGCCUCAGUGUUUCAAGCUGGUUCUUGGUACAGGGGGGCGCUCUCAAUUCCGUCAACAGGGACUAUGUAGUAGGGCUGCCAUUUUUUUCCCCCAAAAAAAAAGACAAAGGAAUAUUACGUGACACACUGUUUAAAAGAAAAAAAACAAAACAUUCUUCCACAUGCCGUUGUUGAUGCCGUAAAAAACAACAUCCACGCUCUGCUGGACCUUGUGAGUAUUACCACAGACAGUCUGAUGUACUUUGAGGUUGUAUAUUUAGGGUCCCAGUGCACAAAUUGCAGGAAGGACCAUAUUGUAACUGAAAGAGUUAUUAUUAUUAGUUUGGUGGUGGGAGGAUCUCGUCUCUGCUUUUUGCAGACGAUCUGGUCUUCAUCGAACAAUGUCCUUCAGCUCUUGCUGGGGAGGCUUCCCAGCUGAGUGUGAAGCAGUUGGGAUGAAGAUCAGCACCUCCAAAUCUGAGGCCAGGGUUCUCAGCCUGAAAGUAUCUCAGGAUUUUGUUCAUGAGUGAGGGAACGAUGGAACGGGAGAUCGACAGGCGUAUCGGGGCAACCGGUCUGUUGUGGUGAAGCUUAGCUGGAAAGGCGAAGCUCUGGAUUUACCAGUCAAUCUACGUUCCAAAUCCUCACCUAUGGUCAUGAGCUUUGAGCAAUGACCGCCAGAACAAAAUCACAAGGCUCAGCCUUAGAGACAGGGUAAGGAAGCUGGACAUUCGGGCCGUUGGGGAGACAGCUGAGCUGGUUUGGGCAUCUGAUUAGGAUACCUCCUGGACCCUUCCCCAUGGGCAGGUGUUUUCGGGCACGUUUUCAGGGCCGACCCAGGACACACUGGAGGGGUUAUAUCUCGUGGCUGGCCUGGAAAAAGUGGCUGGGGGGAGUGCGGUCUGGGCUACAUUGUGAAGGCUGCUGCCCCCGAUAUCCGGAAACCCUGAUUAGUGGAAGACGACAAAGUUUGAACAGAUAUCAGAAUUUCGGAUAAAAAGUGACAGCCCACUAUGUAGCAAUGCCUCAUACAGCCACAUUGAAAAAGUUCCUGAACACUUUAAACACCUUCAUGUUAAUAUUUUGUCCUAAUUUUGGCUCAGAAAUUGAGUCUGUGUAUCUGUGGUUUGCAGAAACGUCCCAUAGCGACGUAUGAUCCCGGCUGCUGGGUUGGUUACAUCUGUACAGCGUAAAAAUAAUACACUUUUAAGACAUUUCUUAACAAAUAUGGACAUUUGUAAUCGUCUUGUUGGGCAAGACUGCGAGAAGAAACUGUGAUUCUGUGAUUAACUUUACUGUCGCCACGUCUGUUCGCUAUAAUCGACGGAAAAUAUGAUUACGAAAAUCCCACAAACGCACUGUAGAACACUAUUGUUCAAAGAUGUUUCUGAACUGCUGAGUUUCUGCUGAGUCAUUGUUGUCCGUGUUGUUACUGUUUUCUUGUACGUGCGAGUUUUGGAUGUUUUUUUUGUUUUUUUUAUCGAAAAAACCUUUGUGUGGCACAGAAAUCCUGUCAAUGUAAUCGAUCCCAAAAAUGGCCUUGAAUCUUUUCACUCCAGUGCAUGUGCGACACGUGUGUGUGUGUGUGUGUGAGUGUGUGUGUAUGUGUGUCAGGUGUGUGUGUUUGUGUGCACUGAGGGUCUUUUGAUAAGGUGCUUUGUAUAAAAGUGACAAUAACGUUUAUUACAGAUGUUGUGUAUAUCUUUGAUAUUCUAAUAAUUAUCCUUAUUUUGGCGAGAACAGAGAACACGUAGAUGCGUGUGUGUGUGUGUCGUUGGUUCUUCACAGGGUCUGAUCUUUGCUUUGUAACGUUUAUUUUCUCUCCCCUCAUGGCUAAAAGUACGUUAGAUAUUUUCUAGCUUUGUAGAGACUUUGUACGCAUAUGCUAUUCAAUUUAAAUAAAUGGUCAGUUCCAAACUUU